CGGUUGGAUGCGGUAACGUAGGUACCGCCCCUAGUUGAGCUAGGUGAACCAACAUCAGCAAUGAUCUACAUGUACAGGAGGAGCUUUAGCGGCUUUCGCAUGGUCCUGGAGACUAGUAUCCCUCUUAGUACCGUUGAUACAUACAACUCUUGAUUCAUUUUGUGAUGCUCUAUCAGCACUGUUCAGUACGAGCAAGAAGCGCUCCUGAUUUAGUCAAAUGUCCGGUCCAUACAUUUCUGGCGCUGAUCUCGAGCUUGCUUCGUACCACCAUGUUGGCAUUCUCUUACCCCAGAUGGAGAACUGCUUUUGGAGCGACUAACUUAGCCGCCAACAACGAUCCUGGCUUGAAACUUGGCAAAGCUAGCCUCAUUACACCGAACAUAUUUCUCUCGGAUUAUUAUACAGCUCGUGACGAGAAAGAACUCAUCAAACUGGGCAUCACCCAUGUCGUGUCUGUCCUGGAGCAUGAUCCUGUUAUUCCCAAAUGCAUCCCAGAGAAGAACAAGCUGAGGAUUCAAAUCAUGGAUAGGCCAGACGUUGAUAUCUUGCCUCACCUCGAGCGAACGACCGAGUUCCUUCGUCUGGCGCUAGAGGAACCAAUGAAUAAAGUCUUGGUCCACUGCUUUCAGGGAGUCAGCCGCAGCGCAACUGUAGUGUGCGCGUAUCUGACCUCGACUGGUAUGUCGGCGAAAGAAGCAGUGAAAUUCGUCAAAUCGAAGCGUGGUAUUCGGCAGCUCGAGAUUUAUGCCAAACGCUAUGCGAAUGUAUCGCAGUCUCGUCGUGAAAAUACGUUUUCGAGGAACAUCAAAAAGCUGAAAAUCAGUGAUGGGGUUGCCGAAAGGAUACGGUGGUUGAAAGGCAAGGGCGCAGAGCCUGUCGAAGUACAGGAGGUGAACAAGUGACAAUGCUGGCACUUUGACCGUGGAUAUCACUGGAGCCUAUCAUUGAAUUCAUCGUAAUUUUGUUCACAAAUCAGGAUUUAAAUCGAGGUCCAGGUCGAAGAAUUGUGGUUGAGGAGCACGGAGAUCUUGCCUGUACGGGUUCGCCCCGGGGCCCAUCUGGUUAGCGUCGGGGCCUUUGGGUGAUACGGUUGGUGCUGGAUCAAUCCAUUUUGAGAUGCGAAAUAGUCUACAAAGUAGGAAUAAUAUA